CCUUCACGGCUCCACUCCCAUUUGUCUCACAGCAAAAACCUCUGAAACGAAAAAUUCAUCUGAGGAAAACAUAUAUAAUUUGAGAAAGAACCUUUUAUUUGGAGGAUUUGAAGUUGAAUUUGGUGUUAUAUAUGGUGUCAGUGUGCCGGAAUCCAGUGCCGGGUCAUGAUUUUUAUUCCUACAAUUACAUGGAUCGGAAUUCGACGAAGAUGGGUCUGACGGCGAUGAAUAAUGCUGUUAACAAUUUAUCGAUACCGGCGGCAAGUGGGAAUGCGGGUCCGGGUGUGGAGGACCAGAAUAAGAAGGUCCGGAAGCCGUAUACUAUAACCAAGUCUAGAGAGAGCUGGACAGAGCAGGAACAUGACAAAUUCCUCGAAGCCCUUCAACUAUUUGAUCGUGACUGGAAAAAGAUUGAAGCAUUUGUGGGGUCAAAGACAGUUAUUCAGAUUCGUAGCCAUGCUCAGAAAUAUUUUCUGAAGGUCCAGAAGAAUGGAACAAGUGAACGUGUACCUCCUCCACGUCCUAAGAAAAAAGCAGCGCAUCCUUAUCCACAAAAAGCUCCCAAAAAAGUUGUGUCUCAAGUCACUGGAGCAUUGCGGUCUUCAGCUGCUAUGCUAGAAACUGGAUAUGUUGUGAGGCCGGAUUCAUUGUCAGCACCUGGAAAUGCAAUUAGUGGUGCAGCUUUAUCGCCUUGGACUUGUAAAGUUCCUCCAGCAGGCAAUGUUUCACACAUGUCAAGAGAUGAUAUGAGAACAGCCAAUUUUACAGUGACACAUAAUUAUAGCAGUAGCAGUAAUGAAAGCACUACUCGGCUGUGGCCCAAAAAUGAAUCAAAUCCCCAAGUAAAGGAGAAACAAAACCCGCCAACAAAAGUUAUGCCUGAUUUUGCUGAAGUCUACCGCUUUAUUGGUAGUGUCUUUGACCCUAAUGCAAGUGAUCACAUGGAAAGACUGAAGAAGAUGGACCGCAUAAAUGUUGAAACGGCGGUGAUGUUGAUGAAGAAUCUAUCUGCAAAUUUGAUGAGCCCUGAAUUUGAGGAUCAUAGGAGGAUGUUUUCAUCAUACGGUGUUGGCAUCGAGAAAGAUAACUUUGAUAGCCCUUUGAAAAAUCUUCAAGUUGACAAAGUUGGGAAAGCAAUUCCAACCGCAUAGAAAGGGAGGUGAAGGUUCAUUCGCAGUUUCAUAAGGUUUCCAUUUUCCACUGCUUAUUUCAGGUCUACUGAAGAAUAUGGAAGGUGAAGAUCCGGGCUCGUAUUGCUAUGUACCUGUCAUGUAUAUCCGCAGUUUUUCUGCUCCAUGUCCUGUUGUAUACAUGUAAAAACAGUGAAAAGGAAUGGUCUGUUCUUGUGGGUCCCCUGAGACAAAUUUAUAGAAACUAGUAUGUACAGAAAUUUUAGGCAGUUUCGAUCUCGUGUGUAUAUGUUAGAAUUCUUGUUUUGCUCACUAAUAGGUGUUGUGGAGAUGUACAAGGGUGUUUUCUUGAGGUUUUGUUGAACUAGUCGAGAUCAACUGGCUUUUGACAGUUUUGUAAGCGUGUGAGUUACAUAAGAAGUUGGUUUGUUACACGAUC